AUGGCGCGGGUUCUGAAUUUUAUAAUUAUAAAACAAUAUCAUUCCUUAGUUUUAAUGGCGGUGGCUGAUGCAAAUUAUUAUUUCAUCAGUGUUGACAUAGGUGCUUACGGCAGCAGUAGUGACACUACCGUUUUUAAAAAUUCUGCAUUUGGAAAGAAGCUUGAAGGUGGUCAGUUAAUACUUCCAUCACCAACUUACCUACCAAAAGAUGAAAAUGGGGAAAACAUGCCUUAUGUUUUUGUUGGAGAUGAAGCGUUCGCUCUCUCAGAACACAUAAUGCGACCAUACCCCAGAAGAAACCUAUCUGUAACUCAAAGAGUUUUUAAUUACAGACUCACACUAGCAAGAAGAUUUGUAGAAUGCACUUUUGGCAUACUUACUAAUAAAUGGAGAAUUUUACAUCGGGCUUUAGAUGUAAAACUAACAACUUGUGACCAAAUAAUUAAAGCAUGUUGCAUUUUACAUAAUUACGUACGCAAACAUGAUGGAAUUCGGUUUAAGGACAAAUUGUAUGGGACCGAGUUACAAAGUUUGCGCCAUACUCCUGUGAGAUCUAGAAUAUCCAGCAUUGAAAAUAGACAAUAUUUUGCAGAAUAUUUUGAUUCACCGAAAGGGUCAAUUCCAUGGCAAUAUGAAAAAAUAUAA